AUGGACAAAUUGACAAAAGCUCAAGAAAAACAUUUACAGCUUGCAUUGUCUGCUGUUGUGAAUACAUUGAAAACUGACAAGGAAGUCAACAUGAAGAAGUACAUUGGUGAAAUCACUUUCAGCCAUUUGUCCAAUAUGAUCAAGAGCGAGAAUUUUCACAACGAAUGUGUAUACAACGACAAAGCAAAUGAUGCUGUAAAGCAAAUAUUUAAGGAGUAUGAAGAGGGGGGUAUCAUGGCCGUACGAAUCUAUAUAUCUGAAGAAAAGAUCAAGAUGUUGAAAGCUGGAGAAUAUGAUGGAAGCUCGGUUGUAUUGAAGAUUUACGACAUCUUUUUAUAUAUAUUUGACAUGAUCCAAUUCGACUUCCAAAACAGACAUAGUUAUAUGAUGUCUGAGAAUGAAUCCUUUGCUCAGUGGCAAUAUGUUUUCCGUGUUCUUUUUCAGUGCACAAUUAUCCAAGUACGAACUGAGAUCUUGUCCCAAGCCACAAGAGAAGAGAUGAAAGAGGAAAAUGGUGGUUUCGGGUGCAAAAUCGACAUGCUGAUAGUAACUCACGGAAAGGAUGGAGAAGAGAACCGUGAUAAAUUGGCGUCAAACGAACAUAAGAAAGCAAACGCUGAGCAUGAUCUCAUGUUCAAGCAACAGUCAAAAAGCAUCUUGUGA